AAUUAAUAGUCCGACCACCGCAAGCCUCAAGCCCCAUCUCAUUUAUCUGCUCCACUAGGCGCCCUGGCACCCCGCAUCAAUCCUUGAUAGGGACUGCCAUUAUUUACCGUCAACAUACCAUAUUCCCGAAUGGGUAUGUAUGUAUGUAUGCAAAGCAUGUUCAGAAUCAAUCGGACGAUUAGGAUAACUAUUAAUUAGUUAGGACCGACCAUGAUCGGGUCGGCAGGACGACACUUAGUAUUGAUUAGUUAGUGCUGGACGCCUGACUAUCCCCCUGCGUUUUGAAUAGGAUCCUUUGAAAUAGGUUAAGAUCAACAGCGACUCAGCCUUGCUGCUAACAAACUUAGCUGACCUUUGCCUAGGGUGUUAUUUCCCUCGUUUUCCUUUCUCUCCAUUUCGUCUGUCGCAUCUCUCACUUCAUAUUGUCCUUUCCAGUUGUAGGCAUACACCGCAACCACCGGUUGGUCCUCACCAGAUAUACAUCUAUCAACCAACCAGCCAACCAGCCAGCCAGCCAAGACAUCAGGAAGAAAAAGAAUAAAAAUAAAGAAUAAAAAAUGCUCGACUACGACCCCCCCAACGCGGGCUUCGCCCUCCGCGCCAAAGACUCCUGUCCCGCCGGCACAGACCCAUGCUACGGAACCUGGGGCGGCUUCGUCUCGUGCUGCCCCGACACCUCCCACUGCUUCAAGUACGAAAACGGGGCGCCGAACUCGUUCUGCUGCCCCGGAAAGUCCAACUGCGCGAAUUUCAUCGAUCCCAAACCGCACUGCGCGAACGAGUCGUGGACGAUGUUCGACAACGACGGCAAGUUCUGCUGCCUCGAGGACCAGUCUGGGUUUUGGACGUCCGAGAAGAACCAUAAUGGCUCUGUUGGGUGUGCGGAUGGGGAUCCCGGGUCGAAUUUGAGGACGUUGCUUAGUCCUGUUGAGCAGACCCUAAUCUCCCCAUCACCAGGCCCAUCCCCAACAUCACCCCCCAAGCCGGAUGACCCCACACCCCCAACUCCCAACCCCAAAGCUCCAGAGGAGCCCCCCAACAACACAGGCGCCAUCGCAGGCGGCGUCGUCGGCGGCGUGGCCGGCGUCGUCCUAAUCAUAGCAGCCAUCCUCUUCAUGCUCCGCCGCCGUCGUCGCCAGAACGACAUGCAGCCCGACAGCAGCAACACCAACGCGCCCCCCGGGUUCGAACCGAUCCCGACGGGCGGUGUUGCCGAGGCGCCUGUGAAGACGUAUCCAGGGUAUGAGGGGCCGAGUGAGUUGGAGAGUAACAAUGCUGCGAAGAGGUUUGAGUUGCAUGAGGAUACGAGGCCGAGUGAGCUGCCUUGAUAGAAUUUUUCUUCUUUCGACCUUUUUUUUAUUUAUUAUUCUUUUUACUUUCUUUUUGGCUGGCUUUCUUUCGACUGGUUCCGGUUUGAAGAUUGGUCCGACUUUUCUUUUAUGGGUUGAGAUGAUUGACUGAUUGGCCCUUUAUGAUACCAUAUUUCUUAUAUCAUGUAAAUAAUACUUGCUUUCUACUGUAUU